AUGCUCCGAAGUACAUAUUCUCUUCAACUGCAUCCAUCAAUUUUCAGGCGAAAGUCCGACCAAGUACCUGGAUCAACUGGACGUAAAUUUUCACUGUCUCCGCUAGGUAUUCGCAACCCAUCGUCGGUGGUCGCCUACGAUUUUUCGUUCCCAAACCACGGCAUUCAGCUAGUGUCGUUCCAGUCACACGAGUCUGUUGAGGAAGCUAUCAUUUUGACGGAAUGCUCACUUUCUACAACUAAUGUUAAUCGCGUCAUGUCUGAAACACUGGCAACAAGUAUUCCUCCAGACGUUGUUGACGCCGGCCACGGCGAUCGAAUUCCUACAGGAUUCUCAUCUACGCAUUCGCUGAACUUGAUUGGAGAUGAAGUCGACGAUGGCACCCAGUCGUUCGUCUCCUUCGAUCCGAUGGCUGGUGAGGAUCACGUUAGCGUACCUGUCAUACACGGAUCUGAUCCAAUGAUUGCUUCACUGGGAUGCAGAAAACAUUCUUUACAAGAAAUGAAAGCAAUUCAUUUGCAUCAACGGUCAUUUUCUGCUGAAGAUACGUCGUGCAACAAAGAAAAUCAUUGUAACAGUGCUCCCAUCCAGAAUGGGCUCUCCUUAAAAGGAAUGCAGGACAACGACUCGGGCAAUAUAAGUGGUAAUGUCGAAUUUUCCAUCGACACUUCCGGUGACAUACACAGUUCCGAAAAGGCCGAGCCUUCAGAACCAACAAUUGUUGUAGAGGAUGAUCAAACACUGAGAUAUGACAUAGAUUCUCUUCAAGAAGAGGAAAUACGUCGAAUUGAAGAGGCUGCUAACAGUCUAACUGAUGGCUUGGAAUUACCACGCGCAUCUGAGCUUCCUACUUCUUCUAUUGAUGGCGAUUGUUGCGUAACGCCGACCGUUCUCCUUGACGAAUCAAUGAUUCCGCUUGUUGGAACACCUCAUCCUAUGGCUUACAUCCCAAUGGAGGACGUGUUUACGUUUGUCGAUCGUCGUUCUAAUCAGGAGCUCCCUGCGAUCACAGAGGAGAUCGAGGAUCAUACCCUCCGACGUCGACGAUACACUAGAAGUUCAUCUUUUGAGGGCCGCUCGCGAAACUCCUCCACUGGUAAGCUUCCUGAAGGAGUAGAACUUCCACCUGAACCGACUCGAACGCAAUCGGAGGCACAAAUAGUAGCCGAGCUGGAGUAUCCGCCGUAUGAUCCGUAUGAAAUUCCCGCAGGCCCAUUACACAGGCGAGCAAUUAGUGACAACAUGGGAGUUCCGUCGGAUCGACGAAGUGAGCUACACCGAACGCAAGAAAUGGAGGAGAUCGAUCGUGUUGGCAACGAUGUGGAAGUGCAGUUGCGGGCGCAAAGGCCUGUGGGUCGUGCGAGUUCCGUCGUAUCGAACAGAUGUCAGAGUCAAGUGUUCCUUCCACAAAUUGGUCCUGGGGACAGUGCGGCAUCAGCUCCAGUGUUGGAUCGGAACAUGAGCUCAUCGGAUCCAUCUGUCAAUGAGGAGAACACGUCAAAGUCACGAGAAUGUCCUCCACCGGUUGUUCUCCCCCGAAAGGCGUCCUCGAUUCAUAAUGAAUCGUGGAAGAAACAGUGCGCGGCUGAGACUCCGGUUCAAGCGGUGAGUUCUCGAAUAUUCAUAAAAUUUUUAAUUGAGACUUACAGAGUUUUAGGAAAUCAAGUACAUGUAUUUCAUGGAUAUGGA